AUGCCUCGCCAGAGCCAAAAGGCCUGCAACCAGGAGAACAUCAUCAUCGACCUUGACGGCGACGACAACAGCGACCAAGAAUGCCAAAAUAAGUGCUCCCAGACAAGCAAAGGCAGAGAAGUUAAGACGCGACGGAGCUUGAAAAAUGAACUACCCUCCUUUCAAGAUCAACCCGCUCUAAAAAAAAGGUCCCGCAUUAGCAGGAGGGACAAAACAAAUAAAGAGAUGCUAGACACUCAUAUUUUUGAGUUGUGCAUGGAGGAUGUUUGGUCAUGCAUGGAUAUUAAAAAGAAGAACGAUUAUGCGUACCUUAAUCCGUUGUGGUUUAACAUGUACACCGACUGGGAUGAUAAAUCAAGAAUCCUUAAAUGGAUAAAAGCUAAGAAGAUAUUCACAAGACGAUAUGUUAUUUGGGGACACUGGAGCCUUCUUGUGUUGUGCAAUUUUGGCAAGACCAAGUACUUGGGUACUAAGAAGGGGCCACGCAUGCUGCUACUGGAUUCACUUAAAAAGGUGAAAGCGGAGAGGUUACAACCAAUCAUCAACAGAUUCAUUGUUGAUAUUUUAAAAUUCGAAGAGUGGGAAGAGUUAGAGCAGUUCAUAAAUGAAGUCGAACUUGAGUUUCCUAAGGUGCCACAACAAAGUGGAGUAGAUUGUGGUAUGUAUGUUCUCUACUUCGCGUACUGUUUUCUCACGAUAAAAAAACUGGGAGAAGAUUUGAGCCAUCUGGAUGCCUUGUUCGAUCCGGAUGAACUGAAGAGCCUAGAGGACAUACGCAUAGAUAUUCUUUCAUACAAAGAGAAAAUGGAUGCAAAAGCUGCAGAGUAG